GGAAGGGGAAGAGCGGCCGCAGCUAUCUUCGCAAGAUGACGUCGCUCGAGCGUCCAGUUGAUGAGUCGAAAGGUACUCACUGCCGGAUCUGCGGAUCUGGAUGGCCCAUACCGGGACAACAGCACGAAGAGCAGCAGGAGCAGCAGCCGCCUGCAACUCCUGCAAGAAGGCAUCCGCUGCAUCGCGAGAGCACCCUGAGCAGCACACAUACUGCGAUGGGUGCGCCCAGGACGCCUCCGCAUCGGAUGACGAGCACUGCCAGCCAGUCGUCGCAUGUGCGUCUGAUGGAUCAGCCGACACUCAAGCCUCAUGCGAAGCGCGUCGAGGCGGCCAGUGUGGAGAUCUACCUCAAUCCAAGGGUGCAGUCGGCCAGAUACCUCCUCUACAGGUAGGUAGGUAUGCCGGCAGGUGCGUGUCCAUCCAUAUGAUAAAGUGAUGGAUGGAUGGCUCAGGCGCUUUGACCCGCCCCAGGACGUAGCGACGGUUGCGUCCCUUUGCGUAUUUCACGGUGCGCAAAGCGCCUGCCAGCAUGCACAUGGCAUCCAAACACAUUCACACAUACACAUUGUCUUGUCGUGUGUGUCGUGUGGCUGUUGGCAGGCUUCGCUGAGCAUUCGGGUCGAUACGUGGACAUGGCUGUGUAUUUCAGCCAGCGGGGCGUGCAGGUGCACCUGGUGGACUUCAGGGGUUGCGGCAUGAGCGGCGGGGUGCGCAACCAGGGCACCAUACGGGAAUUUGCUAGGGACAUCGAAACCUGCCUCCAACAGGUGGGUGGGUGCGUGAGCAGCGGACGGACUGACACGCUGUCAUGGAUGUGUGUGAGUGUCUGUGUAUCUAUUAUGUGUGUCAGGUGGAUCCGGCGCUGCCGUGUUUUAUCAUGGGCCACAGUAUGGGAGGCCUCACUGUCUUGCGAUUCUGCAUCGAUGUAAGUCAGUGGACGCAGCUGCCUACAUCAAUCCGUCCACGUGUGUCGAUGUGUGUCGAUGUGUGUCGAUGUGUGUCGAUGUGUGUCGAUGUGUGUCGAUGUGUGUGUGUGUGUGUGUGUGUGCGUGUGUGGUCAGCAUCCGAAUCUCCAUUUGGCGGGUGUGAUAUUCUCGUCUGCGUUGUUCCGGCUGCACCCCCACCGGCAGAAGGGAUACUUCAAGAGGAUGCUCGUCUGGUUUGGAUCAUUCGUCCCGGUAUACUUACUGAUACAGAAAUGCAGCCCAGCCCGCUGCCGACCGAUGGGGGAUGGAUGGGUGGAUUGGAUGCAUACCGGUGGUGAAUGUGUGUGUGAAUGGGUUUCAGGAGUUGUUUGUGAUGGCUGAUGUGGACCCCUUGGGGCUCACCAGGGACACAGAGGAAGGUAAACACACACACACACACACACACACACAUGGAGGGAGAGAGAGAGAGAGACGAGAUACUUGUUGCAUUCGUGUGCGGCUGGUUGGCUGUUGGCUGUGUAUGUCUGUCUACGCACCAGUCAUGAAGAUCUUGAACGACCGUUUCUGUCUGCCCCUCAUGAGCAUGAAGCUUGCAUGCUCCAUGGUCACCGGCCACACCACACACACACCGUGCAGCCAGUCUGUGUUGACCGUGUGUGGUGUGCUGGCUGUGUGUGCAGGUGUGGGAGCCCUACAGUGUCUACCCGAGCGGCUGCCACCGGUUCCACUACCCCUGCUUUGUCUUCCAUGGCGAGGAGGACCAGCUCACUGACCCAGGGGCCUCCUGCGGCUUCUACAAGACCUGUGCCAGUGAGGACAAGACGCUGCACCUGUUCAAGGGGGCCAUGCACGAGCUACACUCGGACAUCAACAGGGACGGUCAGACAGACACAUACACCCAAGCCAGCGAACAGCCAGCCAGAAGGGGUGCAUGGGAGCGUUGUGUGUCGCGUCGCGUGUCGUGUGUGUGCAGAGAUGCACGAUAUGGUGCUCAAGUGGAUGCUGCCGAGAGCGGAGCGGGCAAAACCUCUCGGUAAGUCAGUCAGCACAGACAGAGAGAUCGACGAAGGAACCAUCCCUCCCUCCCUCCCUCCCUCCCUCCACCACACCAUUUGUGUGUGCUGGUGUGUGGCUGGUGGACACGACACAGGUGCGUUUGACGAGUACCUCGAGGCCUACGACAAGCGGCAGCGUCAGCGACACAGGAGGCUGCGGGACAUCAGGACACGCAUCUUCAUGGCACUAGUCUUCGCACUCGUCGCAUGGCUGGUGCUCAAGCUCUGGUCGCGGGGGUCAUUCGGAAGCUUCAUGAACCUCCUGUCGGUGUUCGCACUCAGCAGCGGGAUUGAGAGCGAGAGGUCCUGACAUGACUAUAUGAGGGUGCGGUGCAUGAGAGAGAUUGCGUCCGCCAUGUUUUCGCGGCGCGGGAGGGCUGCAUGCUUUUUGACACCUCACCCACCUUGUUGAGUUGAGGUCUCACGGGUCGAGUCGAGCUUGGUAUUCUUUGUCGUGUUGGUUCACUGAUGAUGAGAUGGUGGCAGACAUGACAUACACUGUCAUUCAUUCAUUCAUUCAUUCAUUCAUUGUGUGUAUCUAUCUAUCUAUCUGUCUGUCGUUUUGUCCCGCCCCCUCCCCUGCCUGCACCCACCCAUAUUAUACCCACGCACCCACCCAUCGGCUCGAAAAAGUGCUCCGUAUGUACAGACGAUGCAUCCACUGCAUGCCAUGCCAUGCAGCCAGACAGACAGACAGACAGCUCAGUCAGCAUCUGACACCUUUCCGUCUGCUUGCUUUGGGUGUGACUUCUCUGGUCUGACAAUUUGCCGUCGGUCUGUCUGAGCUGCUUGGCGAUACUGCUGGUGUGCGUGUUGUCGGCACACCGCACACACUAGCAACACAACCAAGCAGCCAUGACAGGCCGACGGCAAAAGGACAUUUGUCGUCGUCUGUCUGUACAUUUGUCGUCGUCUGUCUGUCUGUCUGUCUGUGAGUUGGGCGAGACACAGACCAUGUGUGACGCAUGUUGUGUUCGGUGUCAGCCUGUCUAUCGACCUCUCUUGCCGCAUCAGUCAGCAUAUAGUAUCUCAACCAACCCAGCAACCUGGGCCACGCACCAAAGACACACACACACGUGUGCACCCACUCACCCACCCACCCAUCACACACACGGGCAACAUCCCAUCCGCACGAAAAAC